ACAUGUAAAGCCAGUCGUAUCUUGAAUCACCAUUAAUUCAGACAAUAUAUCAUGCAUUAUCAGCUAGCACCACUCUCCUCCUCCAGCCAAACAACAGCGCACAUAAGUCUUCAUCAACGAUUCUACGCAUACUAUCAUCACAUCCCUAUCAAGUCCUUUAUUUACCCAGCUGAACCCACCUUUGUACCUAUCUACCAUCCUUCCUUUGUCUAUCGAAGCCAAAAGGGGAAGUGCACUGGACUUUUUGAAUAGGGUCUGUGAGGAGGAUAGAUGUGAUGCAUGGAAGGGAGGAUCCUUUUUACGAUACCCAGAGGCGGUUGUAUUUCAUGGGAAGAAGUAUAUAUUUAAAGAGGUGUAGGGGCUUUGGGUUUCCAGUCAAGAAAAUAGAUUACCAUCCUCAUUGAAAGUAUGGAGGAAGUAAUAGGAAACUAAGCGGAGAUAAGAAGCAAUAAAGAACCGGUGGACUGGACCUAGGCGGCGUCAGAAGGUUGAACAACGGAAAACCGAUCGAAUAUUCUUCAUCUAACAGGCAGAUGCCCAUAUCCGGCCAUCCAUUGCCAGCGAAGAAAGCUCGAUUAAGGCUGCCAAAGUGGUCAGUUUUCUGGAGAAAGAACAGCUACACUUCUAGCCACGUUGGACACACACAUCAGCAAGAUGCCUCGAAAUAUUAUCGAUACAGCUCGUGAUGACUACGAUGAUUAUGACCAUCAUUACUCCGCACCCGAACAGUCUUUCUCGGGCCACUACCCAGCUCACUUUCACCGAGCCUAUCAGCCAAAGCACAGAUACUAUCACCACCCAUACGCUCGCCAUAUUCCUUACUCUGCUGCUACUCCUCCUUCUCCUCUGCAUUCGUCCCACCGAAUGGAUGGGAGAGAAGCAAGAUUCGAUUAUUAUGAUGAUCACUCUCCCUAUCCUCCUCCUCUAUCGCAUCGUCCUCGAGUCUCACCUUUGCAAGUCCUCCAAUCUCAAGUAAAAUCCCCUUCUUCUUUGUCUCAGUUGCAAAAUCAAAAUCACGUUUAUGAUGUUCGUGUUGGCAGUGGUGAUGGCAAGAAGCAAAGUGCACAUAAACCUGCGUCCGCAACCGCACCCGCGUCCAAACCGUCGUCCAGCCGGUAUCAACUCUCACGGGGUGCACAGAGGGAUGCAAAGCAUUCGCAGAGGGUACAUCUCCAGAUUCAGAGGUCGUAUGCUGAUAGUAAGGCGAAAAAGGAAGACAAUAAGAAGGCAAAAAAAAUCGCUCGACCUGUUGUUAAUGAUCUAUACAAACCAAAGACCGACGAUGAGCAGUCUAAAACUCUUCUGACCCGUCUCCUUCUUGCUCUUCCCUACCACCGUCCUCCUCCCCUUCCUCCUCCAAUGCAAGGUCUAGACCUCGAGAUAAUCAGGAGGGAACAGCAGCGGGCGAUGGAAGAAGCAAGGCGACAACUGAUAGAACGGGUGGAAAAGGAAAAAGAGAAGGAGAAAGUCGCGUCGAGGAAGAUUGUUAACAUUCAACUGCAGGUCUUUGUUCAUGCACGGGAAACACGAUGCCACUGGGGAAAAUGUGAAGCCAUCCUCAAUUCAUGGGCCGUCCUCGAGAAACAUAUCUUCCAAUCACAUUUCCACCCUAACCGAACCCUCCCCGAGAUGGUAGUGAAUGGCGAGAGGAAAAUUCGGUGUUUGUGGGGAGAUGGGGAGUGCCAAGAGGCGUUUGGAACGAGAAACGAGCUGCAUCAGCACGUGUUGGUUUUGCAUAUGAAGUUUGUUUCGGCGAGAUGUCCUUUUGGCGGAUGCGAAUAUAACGGACAUGACUUUAACCAGUUCAUGCAGCACGUCAAUCUCAUUCAUUCUACCGCCACACCAGAUGACUUUAUCCCCGGCCUCGUCCAUUUUCGUCCUUCCCUUCCAUCAUCUUCUCCAUCCCUCAUUCACCCCCUUCCAUCCGAACCUCUUCCAGCAUACGGACCCCUCACCCAGACCGUCGCACUUUCAUCCUACAAAGCGCCAGGUAGUAGGAUGAAGAAAUGGGUCAGCAGACGAUGUCGGUCGGGCAAGUGGCCGAGGAUGCAUGCGGGUUCCGUGAGGUAUGAAGUCAAAAAGGGGGCACAGGUGGCGAUAAAGGCGUAUACGGAUAAUGCGAGGAGUGUGAGGUUGGGUCUGCCCCCGGCGAGUGAGAAGGAAGCUAAUGGAGAGAUGGAGAAGAUGAAAGAGGCAAAAGAAGAAGUCGAAAAGGAAGCGGAGGUGGCCAAGUCCAAGCCCGAAUCUGGAGGGUUGGUUGUCACCGUCUCGAGCCGAGAUCUAACUCCGUCCACUUUUAUAAACCCCUCAUCAAACUCUUCACCUUUAAAUAAAUGCCGACAAGACAAAACAUGUCUUGUGAUUUCACCUUCAAUAUCUUUAUCGGGUGACAGCGACCAAGCACCCGUGAGCGAUGAUUAUGUUGACUCGGCAAAUUCGAUAAAUAGUUUGAAUAGCAAGAUGAGCCAGGGCACAAGGUUCAGCGAGCGGCUAAAAAGGAAGAUGGCUUCCCUUUGAUGUACCGAGUCAUGACUGUAAAUGGGUUGUACGGCGUAGUAAAGUUUUGAUACCAUCACCGAUAUCUAAUAUAUGUAGUGUUUCUCAUUAACUGUUGACUUCAUUUGAUGCAGAGAAGACGGAAAUAC